GACAGUGAGGCAGAGCAGAGCAGGUUAGAACUGCAGGCUGGCGGUGCGUCGGGGCAGACUGGAGACAGGAGCGGUCCCUUUCCUGGAGGAGUACGCUUCAUUUUAGUGGAUUUCAACCGGAGAAGCCGAGUUUGUUAUUCAAUUCUGGGGAUUGCGGGGCAUUCUCGUAUCUCCUCGUUUGCGGUGAGAAGUCGGGAGAAAGGAAAUUCCGCUGCAAGAAGCUGCUUUUACCUCGCAAAGAAACGCCAACAAAGAGCCUUCAAGGAAGUAGCCUGCUGCCUGGCGAGGUAACCUAAGUUAGUUAAGCAACAAAUACAAAGUACGGCAGCGGAUACGUUCUUCACCAUGGUUUACCACAGACUCCUUCGUGCGGCUUUGACUAUAUUGUUUUUUCUUCUGUUCCUAAACGUGGGAAUUUUUCGAGUAAAUGGGCAAUACGGCGGCGGUGACCGAGGAAUGUCUAUACCGGAGCACGGAUUUUGCCAGCCGAUUUCCAUUCCGCUGUGUACGGACAUCGCGUACAACGAGACUAUCAUGCCAAACCUGCUCGGUCACACCAACCAGGAGGACGCAGGGCUGGAGGUCCACCAGUUCUACCCGCUGGUGAAAGUCCAGUGCUCUCCGGAUUUAAAGUUUUUCCUCUGCUCCAUGUAUGCGCCCGUGUGCACGGUGCUCGAGCAGGCGCUGCCUCCGUGCCGCUCUCUGUGCGAGCGCGCGCGGCAGGGCUGCGAGGCGCUCAUGAACAAGUUCGGCUUCCAGUGGCCCGACACCCUCGCGUGCGAGUCCUUCCCUGUCCACGGCGCGGGAGAGCUGUGCGUCGGGCAAAACAUGUCGGACCGCACCGAGCCAGACAGCCCCGGCCCGUACCCCACCGAGCGCACACUUUCUGACCCCCUGAACGGUCAGUUCAGGUGCCCGGCCUCGCUGCGGGUGCCUCCCUACCUGAACUACCGCUUCCUCGGGCAGGAGAACUGCGGCGCUCCGUGUGAGCCAAAGAGAUCUCACGGGAUGAUGUACUUCAGCGAGGAGGAGCUCAAAUUCGCGAGGAUAUGGAUUGGCAUCUGGUCAGUGUUGUGUUGUGCCUCCACUUUAUUCACCGUGCUGACCUACCUGGUGGACAUGAAGCGCUUCAGCUACCCAGAACGGCCCAUUGUCUUCCUCUCUGGCUGCUACACUAUGGUGUCCAUCGCAUACAUCGCUGGGUUUUUACUGGAGGACAAGGUGGUUUGCAAUGACCGGUUUGAUAACGACAUCAGGACUGUGGUGCAGGGCACUAAAAAGGAAGGCUGCACCAUCCUCUUCAUGAUGCUGUACUUCUUCAGCAUGGCCAGCUCAAUCUGGUGGGUCAUCCUGGCUCUCACCUGGUUCCUGGCGGCGGGGAUGAAAUGGGGCCACGAGGCCAUCGAGGCUAACUCUCAGUACUUCCACCUGGCAGCGUGGGCCGUGCCCGCCAUCAAGACCAUUACCAUCCUAGCUGUAGGGCAGGUGGAUGGAGACGUGUUGAGUGGGGUUUGCUUUGUGGGCAUCAACAGUGUGGACGCCCUGCGGGGCUUCGUGCUGGCCCCGCUGUUUGUUUACCUAUUCAUCGGAACCUCGUUCCUCUUGGCGGGCUUCGUGUCCCUGUUUCGGAUUCGGACCAUCAUGAAGCACGACGGCACCAAGACGGAGAAGCUGGAGAAGCUGAUGGUGCGGAUAGGGAUCUUCAGCGUGCUGUACACUGUGCCGGCCACCAUCGUCAUCGCCUGCUACUUCUAUGAGCAGGCCUUCAGAGAGCAGUGGGAGAGGACGUGGAUCAGCCAGACGUGUAAGACGUACGCCGUGCCGUGUCCCGUCCAGAACCACCCCAACAUGAGUCCCGACUUCACAGUCUUCAUGAUAAAGUAUCUCAUGACGCUCAUUGUGGGCAUCACCUCCGGCUUCUGGAUCUGGUCUGGGAAGACCCUCAACUCCUGGAGGAGGUUUUACACGAGACUGGCCAACAGUAAACAGGGUGAGACCACAGUGUAAUGUGGUCUAACCCCAUCCCUCACACAGACUGCUUAGUGACAAACUGAAUGGUAAUCCUCUUUAUUAUUGUCUUUUGAUUUUAUUUUUUUUUUUCGGACUUACAGGAGACACUUGGUAUGUUUUUUAAUGUACAUAUACAUUUGUGAGAUUUUUGUAAGUAUAUAUUUGUAUUUAAAGAUUUAAAAAUUCUUUCUUUUUUUAAAAAAAAAACACUUUUUUUUCAUACUUUGGACAUAAUGGAAUUGUACUUAUUCAUCACAAAGAGCCAGCUGACCAUCAAGGAUCCCGAAGUCUCAUGACCUGACUUACUGUGGACACCACUGCGAGUGUUUGUGUCUUUGAUCAGUGGACUGCCUGUGAGCGGUGGGUCUAUUCUAAGCAGAGUCCCGUGAAACCCAAGUGCUUCCUCGUGGCUCCCUCUUAUCCUGAUUAACCAGCUGCAGUUUGUGUCUGUUGUACAGCUGAGCAGCAGUUGCCCGGCUCUGAAGGGAAAUGUCAGCAGCCUGGAACAAGAAAAGGUGCACAGGUUGUGAAUGUGAGUCAUUGUGACAGAUGGUUGUGGGCCUGUAGCUCGGGCCCUGUCAGUUAUAACAUUCCUUUCCAAAUAAAGAACAUAUAAUCAUGUCAGGUUAGAGGACCAUACCAGUGUUUUUGCAUGUUUUAGUUCUGAAAAUGACGUGUUUUACAGUAUUACCGAGGCUAUGCUCUCAGGCAGUAUGGAACAUUUUCUCUACCUUCCUGGAAACAGUUUUCCUUCUAUUGAAGUACAAUUUGCAAAUCAACUUACAGACACUUUAGAAUAGUUUGAGUUUGGUGAUUCUGCACAGUGACCAUCACGACUGCUCACGUCUGUGCUGAUAUUGUGCAUAAUGCAGGUGUAAGUGCAGAUUGACACCACGCAACACAACACAACAAUUUCACAACUUUGAAGGCAUGACAGCAGAUAAGAUGUUCGCUGAUUUAUUAACUGACAAGUUUCAAGACUCUGCAAGUUGAUUUUCACCUGCAGUAACAUGAACUGAAACCAGGGGCUGCCUGGCAGGAAGGAAAACACAGAAAAAAUAUAAAACAUUUUAGUAUGGUGUUAAAAAACAGUCAGCUGUAAUAUAAGUCAUAUGUACUACAAGGGUCUUAAACAUGCCAAAAUACUAGUGUGUUCCUCUUCAACAGUGAUUCGAAACAGGAUUAAUAUGGGUGGUAUUUGUGUUUAGUGUACUUAAACUAAAAGAAAUCUGCCUGCAAUGGCAAUUUGAGUUUUUAAAGUACAAGGCUGGAAAAACAAAAAUCAAACAGAAGACCUCUGUGUGUGUUCAGACACAUUUUAAAUGCAAUCAUUGUUCUGUAUACAGUGCUAUGUAAAAUCAUUGGACACCCUUUGAGCUUUUGCAGUUUGUUUUGCUCCCCAAUAAUCUUCCAUUUUUCACCACCAAAGUAAUAAGAAAAUCACAUUUAUUUUGAUGCAAUCAAUUCAGCAAAUGACAAAACUGUGUGUGAAAGUGGGUGCACCCUUUGUGUCAUCAGAGGAGAGCGAAGAUGAUUAGUUGAAUAAUCGAUUACACGUUUGAAAGAAAAUUAAUCAAAAACUAUAUUGAUAAUCAUUAAUCCUUUAUUUCUCAAGCAAAAAUGCAGAACAUCUGCAGAUUUGCUACUAUUUUGGUCAUUUAUUAUUGUAAAUGGAAAAUCUUUGGGUUUUCGAUUGUUGGUCAGAUGCAACAAACAUGAGCGUAGGCGUUGGAAAAUUUGAAUGUUUUUUGUCUUUUUUUGACAUUUUAAAGAAAAAACUAUUCAUUGAUUAGUUGAGCAAAUAAUCAGCUGAUUAAUUAAUAAUGAAAAUAAUUGUACAAGCCUACAUCAGAGAUGAAUUGUGUCAAUGAGAAAUAUUUGCUCAAUCCUUCACAUCUUAUGCUGCUCAGAUCUUAUGUUGCGGUUGUAACUGCAGGUUUUCAACAUGUUUCAGAACGGUAAUCAUUUUGACUCGUAUUGCCGUCAAACGCUCAGAGCUAAUGCUGAAAAACAUAUUUUAAACAUAUUAGAAUCAACAGAAUUCCCUGUAGAACAACACAUUGUUCAAAAGCUUAAGGGCCAUCCGAACUUCAACAUGACACUGUGAAUAUGGUAAUAUCUAGAGCUGAUAGCGGGAGAGCUUGUUUAGCAUGCACAUAUCAUAAAUGUUUGUAACAAAACAUAUUUUUGAUUCAUUUUUACCGACACGUUUUCUUAACCUGGAGGUUGAAUGUGCCAGUUACUGCUGAGGGGAGACUUGGGGUUGAUCUGCAGAGUAAUUUGAUCCUGGUGAACAUAGCUGCGUGUCUGCACUGUGGGACUGAAGAGCAGCCAGCAGCUUGCAUGUCUUCCACUGCAGGAGAAAGGAAGCCUUGUUGUUGAAAUGCAGAGCGGCUGCUGUCAGUGCAGCUCGGCUCACACACACACACAUCGUGGCUUGUGUUCUUGUCAAAUGCUCCUCCACACGGUGCUUCCGGUUCCUAAUAAUCCUUUUAUUGUGUUGACGGCUCUACAAUAGUCACAGCUUUGAAGUAAUUUCCUUUGCAUUUGCUAUGAAGAGAACCUUUAUAUUUAUAGAAAAGAAUCUUAUAUAUACUCUACAUUGAUUGCUUUAUGAGAAUAAAAACAAUCUCACCAUUGCAACUGUCAA